AUGCCGUUAAUAUCUACUUUUGUGGAGAGGUGGCAUCCAGAAACAAAUUCAUUUCAUCUACCUUUUGGAGAGAUGACAAUAACGCUACAUGAUGUUUCAUACAUUUUAAGUACUCCUAUCACCGGAGAAGCAGUUUUUGACAAGUCAUCUACUAGUGUUAGUCCUUAUCUUCUACCAUACUUGGUUGAUUUGGAAAAGGUUAAAGAUUAUGCAUGGGGUGCUGCUUGUUUGACAUAUAUGUUUAAUGCUCCUUUGGGCUUGGAUAUAUGCUUAUUUUUGACAUUUCGACCCCAAAAGAACAAGGAAUGGGAUUUAAGUUUACCGCAUGCACAACAAUGGAUCCGUCCAUAUGUUCAGAGUGUUGGUAUUGAUUCUUUGGUGUCUAAUAGACGCAUACUAGAUGAUAUGAAAGUUUAUGAGGUAGUGUGGACUCCAUUUGAUAGAAAUCCUCAUCAGACGUUUCCGAUCACAUUGUAUUCCGGUGUAAUUCAUUUUAGGGAUAUUACAGAGCCAUAUAUGCCUGAUCGUGUAUUGAGACAAUUUGGAUAUGUGCAAAUUAUACCCAUACGUCUAUUGCAUCCCAAAACUAGUUAUAGAGGACCAGAGAACAACAAAUAUAAAUGCAAAUACGAUGAGAACCUUCGUGCAUGGGAUUCUUGGAUUAAUCAUUGUUUUAGAGUAGGUGAAGCGGGUUCUUAUAGAGCAAAUUUUUCCACUGAAAUGGUAGAACAUCUGCAAUACUUAGGUGCAAGAGCUUACCCACUCCACCCAGACGUUCGACACCGGAAUGAUGAUGUGACAUUUUGGCAAUGCCUUGAUGAUUUAACCCGCCACUUAGAAGAUUGGAUGCCAAGAGUACAAGAUGAUCAUCAAAGAAGAGGUGUAGGUGGUGGUUCAAGGAGGGGUAGUCGAAGGGGAUAA